AUGCCUGAGUUUGGGGUCAGUGAGGGCUGUAGUGGUUCCUCUGAUGAUGAUGGUGCGUCUGAUGGAGUCGAGAUCCGCGGCCGCUGGCACAUCGUCUGGAGAAACGUUAUUCUCAUGAGUCUGCUUCAUCUUGGCGCAUUUUACUCCCUGUUCCUCAUCCCCAAAGCUCAUCCAUUCACUUGGAUCUGGUCAUACAUGUGUUUCAUGUUUACAGCCCUUGGGAUCACUGCUGGAGCCCAUCGCUUAUGGAGCCACAGGUCCUACAAAGCCAAGCUGCCUUUAAGAAUCUUUCUGGCUGUUGCUAACUCCAUGGCCUUCCAGAAUGAUAUCUUUGAGUGGUGCAGAGAUCACAGGGCCCACCACAAGUACUCAGAGACAGAUGCUGAUCCUCACAAUGCAAAGCGUGGCUUCUUCUUCGCACACAUAGGCUGGCUCUUUGUGCUUAAGCACAGGGAUGUUAUUGAGAAAGGCAAGCGCUUGGAUGUGAGUGACCUGCUGGCCGAUCCUGUUGUAGUGUUCCAGAGAAAAUACUAUAAAAUCUCAGUGGUGGUCAUGUGCUUCCUGCUGCCCACGUUGGUACCAUGGUUUUUCUGGGGAGAAAGCAUGUGGAACUCCUACUUCCUGGCCUCUAUCCUGCGCUAUACUAUUUCUCUCAAUGCUGCUUGGUUAGUCAACAGCGCUGCCCAUAUGUAUGGAAACCAACCUUACGACAAGAACAUUAAUCCUCGGGAAAAUCAAUUUGUCACGAUUGGAGCCAUUGGAGAAGGUUUCCACAAUUUCCAUCACACUUUUCCUUUUGACUACUCUGCUAGUGAAUUUGGAAUUCGCUUAAACCCAACAACAUGCUUCAUCGAUCUCAUGUGCUGGCUCGGCCUUGCCAGCAAUCGGAAGAAAGCCUCGCCGGAGAUGAUCAUGGCUCGGAGGCUAAAGACAGGUGAUGGAAGCACUUGAGGAGCCUUGCAACUCUCAGCACCAAUUAA